AUGGCCGCUGAAGGCUGUGAUCCCUCCGGCCAGGCGCCGGAAAAUGGGACGGUCUCGCACACCCGCGACUAUUUCUCCAUCCCUGCUCCGAUUAAGCGCAUCUUCGAUCGAUUUCCUCUCGUCACAUACCCCUCUAAUGACGUCCCUCAACGUCCAGCGACGGCCCGUCGCGAAAAUGGGCUCUUUGUAUUUACGGAUGCUCCAGGGGCCCGUCACGGAAGACCGUCCUUCAAUCCGCAAUGUCUUAAGUGGCAGGCAUACUUAAAAUUCGUUGGAAUUGGCUUUAACCUCAUUCCGUCAAACAACCAUGCAUCCCCUACCGGUGCCCUUCCUUUUCUUCUCCCCGCUCAUCCCAUCCAAACCAGUGCCCCAAUACCGUCCAGCAAACUACAAAAAUGGGCCAUAGAGCAGGUACACUGCGAGGAGGAACAGCAGCUCGAUGUGCGCUUUGAAGUCUAUGCAUCAUUGCUGGACCACCGGAUACGGAAUGCUUGGUUGUAUCAACUCUAUCUGGACCUAGAAAACUUCAGCGCCGUAGCCCGGAGACUUUAUGUGGAUCCCACGACAUCAAAUCCAUUGGUACGGGUGGCACUCUCGAACCAACUACAGCAGGCGGCGCGCGACGAGCUCUUGAAAUCAUCGCAAUACAUCGAUGUCGGUGCCUUGGAGGCCGAGGCGGCAGACGCUUUCGAGGCACUCUCGACGCUCCUUGGAGAUCAACUCCACUUCUUCGGUCGAUCGCAACCCGGGCUUUUCGAUGCUAGCGUGUUUGCAUAUACUCAUCUAAUUUUGGAUAAGGAAAUGGGGUGGAAACGGAACCGACUGCAACAACUCUUGCAGCAACAUGAGAACCUUGUACAACAUCGUGAACGACUCCUCGAAUUCUUCUAG